CAUAUCAGUUUCCCAUAGAUGUUCUACGGGUCUUAAACUCUAUCAAAAUGAAAGCAGUAAUUGUAAUUUUGGCUCUUGUCGGAUUUGCCCAGGCAACUAACUUUAAAGAUGUCCUUAAAGCAGAGUUUAAGUCCUUUAAGGUUAAGCAUGGUAAAAUCUACAAGGAUAUAUACGAGGAGUUGCAGCGCAUGCAGAUCUUCAAGGACAACAUGGUGCUGAUCGAAAGGCACAACAAACGCUUUGCCGCCGGAGAGGAGACCUACGAAAUGGGCGUUAAUCAUUUCACAGACAUGUCGGCAUCGGAAUUCAAAAGACUUAUGCUAACAAAUAUGACAACCGAUUACUUAAAGGAAGACAUCGACAAUAUUUAUAAUGUCUCGGCAAGGGCUGGCAUUCCAAGUGGUGUUGAUUGGCGUUAUUCAGGCGCUGUUCCCCCAGUUAAGGAUCAGGGAUCCUGCGGUUCUUGUUGGGCUUUCUCUGCCAUCGGUGCACUGGAAAGUCACCAUUUUCUUAAGAAAGGGCAGAGGGUAUCCCUGUCUGAACAAAAUUUGGUGGACUGCACCAGACAAUCACCAUAUUACAACUCCGGCUGCGUAAGUGGCUGGACGGAUAAAGCCUAUGAAUAUAUAAGAGAUAAUGGUGGUAUAAAUACUGCAAGUUACUAUCCCUAUCAAGACAAAGAAAAUAGUUGCCGCUACAAUAGGAACUACAUUGGCUCGAAAAUCUCCGGCUAUGUAACAAUUCCUAGGGGAAAUGAAUACGCAUUGGCAUCGGCCGUGGCCAAUGAAGGUCCAGUCUCGGUGUGUAUCGAUUCCAGCCACUUUCAGUUUUACAAAGGAGGUGUCUUCAAUAACCCGUCGUGCUCUAAAAAUACAAACCACUGUGUGGUAGUAGAUGGCUACGGAACUGAUAAGUUCGGAGGAGACUAUUGGCUGGCGAGGAACUCGUGGGGCCCGAAUUGGGGUCAGAACGGAUAUAUUCGCAUGGCUCGCAAUCGGAAUAAUCAAUGUUCAAUUGCCAGUUAUGCAUACUAUCCCUUGGUAGUAUAAUUCUAAUAGUUUUGUAUUGUUAAUUCACCUAUCUGCAAAUAAAUAAUCUUGUAAAUUGAUUAACUUUGCAAGAAACUUA